UGAGUGCUCGGAUUAAAGGUGUGCGCCACCAACUCCAGGCUUUGAUUGGGAUUAUAAGGAGAAAAGACACACCUUUAUUCUGGGCCACACCUUCUGUUGGAAGCCUACUUAAGAACCUGGAAGAAGGAAGCUUUUGAGCUUCGCCUGCUUGCUCCUGCCCUGUUAGCAAUCUGGCAUCAGAGACUCUUCCUUUGGGAUGUCAGCAUCCAAUGAAGACCAGCUGAGCCCUCUAGCCUGGUUAAAUGAAGACAUGAGCUUUUACAAGGGGGAAAGUAUCGUUCUGCCUGCUGAGGGGACUCCAGUACCACAUGUGAAGGAGGACCCAGGGGCCAUAGAGUCUGCUAGACUGUUCUUAGAGGAUCCUGCCCUGUCAUCUCCUGACCGACCAGACCAGCAUCAGGAUGAAGCUCAGGUGGCAGCAGAGCUGGCUGCCAGGGGGAAGCACAGUCUGAGCUGGGAGAAGGCCUAUGACGUGGGCACUGGGCUGAAGAACAUGGGGAACAGCUGCUACCUGAAUGCCGCCCUGCAGUGUCUGACACACACACCACCUCUUGCCAACUACCUACUGUCCCGGGAGCACUCUCGGAACUGUUGUCACCAAGGAAGCUGCGUGAUGUGUGCUAUGGAAAAUCAUGUGACCCAGAGUCUCCUCCACUUGAAGCGUGUCAUCCGGCCUUCAGAGAUGCUGACUGCUGCUUUCCAUAAGAACAAGCAGGAAGAUGCCCACGAGUUUCUGAUGUUCAUCUUGGAUGCCAUGCGCACAUCCUGUCUACAAGGAAGCAAGGACUUGGAGUCCACAUCUGAGCACAGCACCAUGAUCCGUGAGAUAUUUGGAGGCUCCUGGAGAUCUCAGAUCAAAUGUCUCCGCUGUCAGGAAACCACAGACAUCUUAGAGCCCUUCCUUGACAUCACCCUGGAUAUCAAAGCAGCUCAGAGUGUGGAGCAAGCCUUGGAGGCUUUAGUAAAGGAGGAAAAGCUGUGUGGGGAAAAUGCCUACCAUUGCGACCACUGUCAGAAGAAGACGGCAGCUUCCAAGACUCUGACUGUGCAAGAUGCCCCAAAGGUUCUCCUGCUGGUGUUGAAUCGCUUCUCAGAGUUCACAGGCGACCACAAGGACAGGAAGGUGAGCUACCCUGAGUCCCUCGAUUUCCAGCCAUACGUAUCUCAGUCCAGUAGCGACCCGUUGGUGUACGCCCUGUAUGCUGUGCUGGUCCAUAAUGGUGUGACUUGUCACAGUGGACAUUACUUCUGUUACGUCAAAGCUGGCAGUGGCCGGUGGUAUAAGAUGGAUGAUUCUCAUGUCAACAGCUGUGGUGUGUCCUCGGUCCUAAGUGAGCCUGCCUAUGUGCUCUUCUACGUUCAGCAGACUGCUCUCAGAAGGAAUGGUGUGGAUGCUCCCAUGGGCAGAGUAAGCAGGAAUCUUUGCACGGAAUCCCCGGUAGGAACAUCCAGGCAGAGAAUGAUCAACAGAGGAUCCCCCACAGAAGCGGAAGAGCCACUGGAUCUCACAAAGAAAACAGAUACCAAUGAUUUCUUAGCCCAGUGGAAUAUGCUUUCUGACUACCCAAGCCUGUGGUGAAUCAUGGCAAAAAUGGAUUCACUCUGUCAGCCAGUGGAGUUGUGAUUCUCCAGGCUGCAUACAGAGUGGACUGGGGGAGGCACCAUCCCCAUCACGACAGGAAGAAUCACCCCGGUCAACAUUCUGCCAGGCUUCUGUGUCAUCUGGGGACCACGGACACUGGGCAGCUCUGUAGUAAGGGAGGGAGACCAAGAUCUAAGAAGAAGAUAAAGUAAGGUAGGAGGCUUCUGGCUGUUUUCUAGGUCUCACUCCACUCCCUGACCCUGGUAGCUGUGACCUUAAAAGUAAUUUUGGAGAGAGAGGUGGGGACCUGUGCUUCAGGAAGGACAGAAUUUCUCACCCUGAAGGGUCUCUCUACCUUCCCCUGUGUCCUCCACUGUUGUUCCCGUGACCCUAGGAAAGUCAGUUUGGGUGUGAAAGAGACUGCUCAGAGAGCUGGGACUAGUUAACCCUCAGUAUUCUUUUGUAUUUGGGAGGUGAUGUCUGCAGCGCCCCCUACUGGAGCUCAUGGACCCAAAGUAGGGUAGACACUACCACCCAGAAAUUUUAUAU